GAGCCGCGAGCCUGAGUGGAUGUGCACCCCCGCAGCCCCCGGCCCAGGUAGGGCUUGUGGGGGAGGGGGAAGGAGCCCAAACUCUCCGGGAGCACGGGGUGGCGGGGGAGGGGAGAGGAUGGGGGGUGCUUCCCUCUUUGCGUCCCAAACAAAGUGUCACAAAGAGCUCGGCCCGCGGCAGCAGCGGAGGCGGCUGUAACUCAGCUUUUGUUCUCCUGGCCGGGGGUAGCUGAGCCUUGGCCUCCCUAUCUCUCAACCCUGCCCCCCAUCAUUCUUCUGGCUUAUCUUCCUGGGGAGGGGUCUGAGGUGCUGCUGGAGAAACCUCUCGGGCAGAUUGCAGGUCCUACCCUACUUAGCAGCCUAUUUCUGGGAGGGGGAUUUUCUCAGAGGCUCCCUCCAUCACCCCUACUUCCCAGUCUGAAGACUGAGGCUCACAUGGGUGCUAAGACUGACUUUUCUAGGGUCAGCUCCAGUAAAGGGGACUUAGGGCUGGCAACAUGUCCCCCUUCCCCAAACCCAGGUCCUCCAGAACUUUCAAAAUCAAAAUUGGGGUUGUGUUAGGACAUGCCUCUGGGAUAAGAUUCCCCAUGGUGGGAUGGCAGCAGGUGAGCAGAUGUGCCUUCCUCUCGCCUCCUUCUGUACCUUUGGAGUCCAUGGCUGAGGUUCUAUGUCCUCAACUCAGGAAAGUGAGGACAGAAAGAAGGAGGGAAGGCGGCUUUACCGAGAACUCAGUCCAAAAUGGCUAGUGAGCUGCACAGUGGAGUGGGUUUGGAGGAGCUAUCUGAGCAGUGAGGUUCAGAGGGCCAUGAAGAAGAGACCAUUAAAGCAAACUACUGGCGUGUCUGUGUGAUCAAGGGAGUCUUGACUCUAGACCACCUAAGAAGCCCCUUUUCCUUUUAACCCCAUUUAGUGCAGUGGUAAUCAUAAUUGUUAGCAGAUUUGGGAGGUGUAGGAUUCUCAAGACAGAAAACUGUGGUGUUAGAGGUGACAAGAGACAGUUACAGCUGGACCCCAGAAGUCCUGAACCCUUGCUCCUUAUACUGUGACCCUAGAAACUUUUGAAUUACAAAACUUGAGGGACAGUUUUUGUGGUCCAUUUAGGACAUAGAUACUUCUAUGUACCUGUCCUUGUUGUUUCUAAGUUUUUUCACCAACCAUUCCAUCCUUCUUUACUAGGGUUUAGUGGUCCACAGCCACUUCCCUACCAGCUGCCCCAGAACGUGAGGAUAAUUGGCCUGUUGCUUUUGAAAGGUUUCUGAUACCUAUCCCUGGCCCUGCAUCCUUAUAGAAUCCAAAUAAGGGCAAGAUAACCCCUGAUUCCCAGUGGGGGUGGAAAGUAGGUCAGUGCUGCUGUCUGGCCAAGUCUGGAGGAUGGUGUUUAAGUCCUGACUAUGGAAAACUCUGUGAUUAUUGCCCAGGGGCAAUACACACAUGACCUCAGUUCCAAGGCAGUUGAUAGUAUCCCAGUCUCUCUUAGUUCUUUCCCCUGCUAAGAAAAAAAUCACACGAUCAGGUGUCUGGAACCUGGUUUGACACAGAGAUGAUUGAAGAGAUCUUGAUUGGGCCUGGGAAGGUACCUCAGUGAGUUUUGUUGAUUUUAGGCCAUCCUCUGGGGAAACUUUCCCUGCUGGGGAGUUCAGCUUCAGUCUGGGCCUUCUUGCAUAUCACUGUAUUUCUGUUCUGGAAACUGCUAUGUGCAAAGUGGUUUAUCGUUUUGUUUUGGGAGAGGAAGCUUUGCCCUAUUCCCACUCUUCUUGCCUCAGAUAUGAGGCCAGCUUCAUAGGAGAUUUCGCUUGCUAUCCUACAGACAGUUUUAGGGACCCUAGAAUCUUCUCAGAAUCAGAGUAUGUGCCCAUAGGUUAGUCAGCUAUGACCAUGCAGUAUUCCCAGCAUCCACCCCCCCCCCCCCCCCGCAACCACCAUCUGCUUCCUCUGAAUAUACCAGAUUGGCUGUACACCAGGAUGUUCCGGGAAUCCCCAGGAGAGCAACAGAAUGUGAUGGACCCAAAUAUGAUGCCUCAGUAACUCAUUCCAGGAUGUACAAACUGUAACUGUCAGGACGCUCCGUAUAGCUAAUUAAAAUUCUUCUAGUUACAUCUAUUUUCUAUUAGCUCUUUCUAUUUUCAGUGACAUCCAAAAGGCCAAAAUAAUCCCUCUGGUGCCACUGGGUUUUUUUCUAUGGUUUCCAGAUAGGAACGGGAAAAAAAAAUGCUCUAGCUUUUCUGUGUUGUAUCUGUGAUGCUAAAAUGGCAAACAGCCCCUCUAGCACCUCAUAACUCUAUCUAUGGUACUGAGGUGGCCAAAGUGGCUUCUGUGGUAGCCCACUGCACUCUCCAUGGUACUGAAGGGAUGACCAUUUGUUUUAACAUCUCUCUGGGGUCCAAAUGAGUCCUGUAACUUAGAACAACAAACAUUUUUUUUUUUUUUUGAGCAGGACGGGACUAACAAUAUAAAUUAGUCCAAUCCUCUAUUUUACUGAUGAGUAAACUGGGAAGUUAAGUGAUUUAGUGAAGGUUGUAGGGUUAUCAAUGUUCAGACCAGGACUACAAUAGCCUUGUACACCUCAGUCUUAUUCUAAUUCACCUUUUGUGACACUAUUCGGUGAGCCUGGUGAGGCUCUUAGUCCCAGGAAAAGAUCCAGAGGAUGAGAGAGGGCGCCCUAAUUUGAAGCUACAGAAAUACACAUAUUAAAUGGUAGUGGAAGUCGCCUAGUGACCCUUGGACAAGGACACUUUGUUAAUUAAUCGUCUGCUAAUAAUAAUCCUAUAGCCCAGAUUCCACAUGUAACAGGUACCUGCCCCUUCAUGGAGUCUUAACACAUACAAUAAAUGUCAAAAAUUGAAGAAGCCUUGGACCUCCAGAGCUUUUUCUCUCUGCUGACAGGCAGGUUGACGCUUGGCCCAGUUCUUUUCCAUUAAAGAUCCUUAGGCAAAGUAAUGCUUGCAUCUUUUUCUUUCUCAGUAACCUAUUUCAGUUUCAUGAUGCCUAUUGUAAAGAAGUUCUUUAUAUCUCAAACAUUCUUUCUUAGGCCAAAAAAAAAAAAAAAAAAGGUUAGGCCCACAUUCAUUUAGCCUUGACCAGAUACAAUUCUAUAUGAGGCAGAAAGGUAGACUAGAUGACUUCUGGUCAUCCUCCAGGCCUACUUCCAUGAAUCUUGAUUCUGGGGUUUCUUCUAAGUCCUCGUGCUGAAUGAACUCCUCUGCAGCUUAGGAUCAGUACCCCCCUCCCACCCCCCAUCCUCUUCCUCUCAAUGCUCUUCUUCCCCAGUACUGGAGCUCUGCAAGUCCCAGGCCUAGGGAAUUUUAGCCUGGAGAAUUUUAACCCCUUCCUGCUCAGAGCAUGUGCUGAGUCCCUAUCUGUGCAGAUGGCCCAGCCCCGCCCCCCGUCCCUCACUCCAGCCUCUUGAGCUCAGAGCCAGUGUAAUCCUCCUCUUGUGUGAGGGAGCCUCUCCCCUGCAGAGAGGAGGAAAGCCUGCCUCAGAACAGCCCUGGACAAAGGGGCUCAGAUGCCCCAUCAUACUGCAGGCUCCAAGGUUUGAAACGAGGGGAUGAAUCCCGUACGGUAUUUGCAGUUUUUAACCUCUUCCCCAGGCUAGCUGUGCCCCUUAACUUCCACUCCUCCCCCAACUCUCUCUUCGUUCCUUCUCCCUCCCCCUUCAUGCCCCUCCCCCUCUGUCUGUCUUCAGACUCUGCUGCUGGGAGGUGUUUCUCUCCCAUGCAUGAAUGAGUCUCUGUAAUGAAUGGAAAUGAAUGGAUCAGGAAUCCAGGCAGAGGGAGGGAGAAUGAAGGGGGGAAAGACAGAAAGGGUAAGGGCAGAAGGAAGCACUGUGGAACCUGGAAGGAUGUGUGGCUGGCUGGUCAGGGUUCUCAGAGCAACUGGUCCCACUUGGAUAACUGGGGAGCAUGUCAAGCCCACCCCAUUUGCUCACCAUACUGUACAGCCCAACCUACAUGGGAGGGGGGCAUACUGUGAUGGUCUUCCCCACCGCCAGGGGGUAGGGUGGUAGCUGUGGUUGUUCUGGACCAUGCAUUUAAAAUACAGAAUUUGGGGAAGCAAUCUGAAUUAUCUGGGAGGCUGGUGGGCUUGGCAAAUCAAGGGGUACAGUUUUUGAGUACAGCAGCCCCUUCAUGCCUCAAGAUGCAAGUAGGGAGAAGGGAUUGGUUUUUGGAAUACAGAGUGCUGGGAGUCUAGGGGUAGGGAGUGACUUUACUGCUGAAAACUAGGGCUCACCUUUUCCUCCAAAUCUGUCUCUUGCUUUAGCUCCACAGCACCUGUUGCCUUCAUUAGCAGCCUUUCCUCCUCUUUCCUGCACCCCCCAGAACCAAAGAAUGUGAAGGGGGUCCAUGGAGAAGUUAACUCCUUGGCCCUGACAUCUCGAUUCCCACACAGCCCCCCCAACUUCCCGAGAUCUUUCUCCACAGGGCUCACGUCCCCGUGCCCCGAGCGGCCACUUAGCGCCGUCGCCGCCGGCUUUCGACGGCGAGCUGGAUCUGCAGCGAUACUCCAACGGGCCAGCCGUGAGCACAGGGUCACCUGGGAUGGGAGCAGUGAGCUGGUCUGAGAGUCGUGCAGGCGAACGGCGCUUCCCCUGCCCUGUAUGCGGGAAGCGCUUCCGCUUCAACUCUAUCCUGGCUUUGCACCUGCGGGCACACCCAGGCGCCCAGGCCUUCCAGUGCCCUCACUGCGGCCACCGUGCGGCGCAGCGGGCUCUGCUGCGCUCGCACCUGCGCACACACCAGCCCGAGCGCCCACGUAGUCCUGCUGCACGCCUGUUGCUGGAGUUGGAAGAGCGUGCGCUACUGCGCGAGGCCCGACUGGGGAGAGCCCGAAGCUCAGGCGGCAUGCAGGCCGCCCCUGCGACUGAGGGCUUGGCGCGGCCCCAAGCUCCUUCAUCGUCCGCCUUCCGUUGCCCCUACUGCAAAGGCAAGUUUCGCACCUUGGCGGAGCGGGAACGCCACCUGCACAUCCUGCACAGGCCCUGGAAGUGUGGCCUGUGCAGUUUCGGCGCCAGCCAGGAGGAGGAGCUGCUGCACCACAGCCUGACCGCCCAUGGAGCUCCCGAGCGCCCUCUGGCGGCCACCUCCGCUGCGCCCCAGGCUCAGCCUCCACCCCAGCCCGAACCCAGAUCAGUCCCCGAGCCGGAGCCAGAGCCGGAGCCCGAACGUGAGGCAAACCCGGCCCCAGCUCCUACAGCUCCCGAGGAGCCCCCAGCGCCUCCGGAGUUCCGCUGCCAAGUGUGCGGCCAGAGCUUUACACAGUCUUGGUUUCUCAAGGGCCACAUGCGCAAGCACAAGGCCUCCUUCGAUCACGCGUGUCCCGUGUGCGGCCGCUGCUUCAAGGAGCCCUGGUUCCUUAAGAACCACAUGAAGGUGCACGCCAGCAAGCUGGGCCCACUGCGCGCCCCGGGGCCUGGCUCCGGGCCUGCCCGGGCUCCCCAGCCUCCUGACCUGGGCCUGCUGGCCUAUGAGCCGUUGGGGCCAGCGCUCCUCUUGGCCCCGGCGCCUACCCCGGCCGAGCGCCGUGAGCCCCCGAGCCUCUUGGGCUACCUGAGCCUGCGAGCUGGCGAGGGCCGGCCCAAUGGCGAGGGUGCUGAGCCGGGGGCCGGCCGCAGCUUCGGAGGCUUCCGCCCGCUAUCUGCUCUACCGGCCCGGGCUCGCCGGCACCGUGCGGAGGAGCCCGAGGAGGAAGAGGAGGUGGUGGAGACCGAGGAGGAGACCUGGGCCCGGGGCAGGUCAAUGGGCCCUCUAGCUUCCCUGCACCCGCGCCCGGGUGAGGGACCCGGGCACUCUGCGCCUGCUGCUGGGGCCCAGGCGAGAUCGACCGCCACGCAGGAAGAGAAUGGGCUGUUGGUUGGAGGGACCAGGCCUGAAGGGGGCCGGGGUGCCACCGGCAAGGAUUGUCCCUUCUGCGGAAAAUCUUUCCGCUCGGCACAUCACCUCAAAGUGCAUCUGCGAGUGCACACAGGCGAGCGGCCCUACAAGUGUCCGCACUGCGACUACGCGGGCACCCAGUCCGGCUCGCUCAAGUAUCACCUACAACGCCACCACAGGGAGCAGAGGAGUGGGGCCGGCCCCGGGCCACCCCCGGAGCCACCGCCCCCUUCCCAGCGGGGUUCGGCCCCGCCAUCUGGAGCCAAGCCGUCUCCGCAGCCUGCGGCCUGGGUGGAGGGCGCCUCAAGCCCACGGCCUCCUUCUAGCGGUGCUGGGCCGGGGUCCCGUCGGAAGCCCGCCAGCCCUGGGAGGACCCUGCGCAACGGGCGAGGCGGUGAGGCCGAACCCCUGGACCUGUCCCUGCGGGCAGGGCCGGGAGGCGAGGCCGGGCCGGGGGGUGCCCUCCACCGCUGCCUCUUCUGCCCUUUCGCCACUGGAGCCCCGGAGCUCAUGGCCUUGCACCUUCAAGUGCACCACAGUCGCCGGGCUAGGGGCCGCCGGCCACCCCAGGCUGACGCGUCCCCACCCUAUGUCCGCAUACCAUCAGGAGAGACCCCUCCCAGUCCUUCGCAGGAAGGGGAGGAGGGUUCCGGGCUGUCCAGACCGGGAGAGGCAGGGCUGGGGGGGCAAGAACGGUAGUGAGCCCUCAGGGGCGAUUAGCUUAGUGAGCUUACCCCGCCGGAGCGGGGGAGCGCUAGAGGUAGUUGGGUAGAGACGCCAGCAGGGGGCAGCGUGGGACCCAUAUCCCAGCCCCAGGCGGACCAGAGGUGGAGGGGGCGGUGGGCGUAGGAGGGUGGGCUGGUGGUACCCACCCAGCCCAAGGGAGUCACAGUGCCUUAGAAGUGGCAGAGGUGAGGGUCAAAGAACGGAGUCCCAGGGCUGGCAGAGAGGGUUUGUGUCCCUGUUGAGGAGCCACUCUGCCAGUCUUUGCUGGUCCAUAGGCGUGAGAGUUUAUUUUUGUACAAGGGGUGAGGGUGGGGGGCACUGUACCCUUCUAGCCCCAUCAGGGGCCCUGUAGACGUUGCUAUUUUUGGUACGAUUCCUGUCAUCCCUGUCGCAGAGUCGUGUCCCCAAUAAACAGGUGUCUUGAGGCACAGGG